AUGGUUUCCCAAGUGUGUCAGAACUACCACAAUGACACUGAAGAUGCUGUUAGCAAGCAGAUCAACCUGGAGCUCUAUUCCUCCUGUGUCUACCUCUCCAUGAAACCAGAGCAGGACGAGUGGAACAGUGGCUUGGAGGCAAGGCAGAGAGCUCUGUGGAUGGAGAAGAAUGUGAACCAGAGUCUGCUGGGUCUGCACAAACUCUUCUCUGGGAACACUGACCCUCAUCUUUGUGACUUCCUGGAGACUCACUACUUGGAUGAGCAAGUGAAGAUGAUCAAGAAGCUUGGAGAUCACAUCAUCAACCUGAAGAGACUGGGAACCCCUGAGAGUGGCGUGGGAGAGUACCUGUUUGACAAGCUCACCCAAGGGGAGUGUGACUGA